CCUCAAAGCAUCAAGGAAAGAAGAAGAAGAAGAAACACUAACACUCACUAUGGCUUUGAAGACGGCUUCGACGAACGGGAUGUGGAUGUUGGAGGAUUGCAAGAGAUCAUUCAUGGAGAUGAAGUGGAAGAAAGUGCACCGUUACAUCGUUUUCAAGAUCGAGGAGAAAUCCAAGAAAGUCGCCGUGGACAAGGUUGGUGCCGCCGGCGAGACCUACCAUGAUCUCGCCGCUUCCUUACCGGAGGAUGACUGUCGCUACGCCGUGUUUGAUUUCGACUACGUCACUGUCGAUAACUGCCGCAUGAGCAAGCUCUUCUUCAUCACCUGGUCACCGGAGGCGUCGAGGAUAAGGGAGAAGAUGAUGUACGCGACGUCUAAGAGCGGACUGAGAAAAGUGUUGGAAGGGAUUCACUAUGAGCUUCAAGCCACAGACCCAACCGAGAUGGGAUUCGACAAAAUCCAGGACCGGACCAAAUAAAAAAUAUUUACAUUCCGUUUAAGUUGCAUCGUCAAUGAUGUGAUCAUUAACAGCAAUUACUUAUCUAUUAAUGUUAGUUGUUGUUCUUAACUUGGCAUAUGAGACUUUCCUUCCUUUCCUUUUGUUGACAAAACUUAUCAACCAUUACUGUUUCUGUUGCUGUUUGUUAGUCAUUUAUGUAUCUUUUUAUCGCUAAUGCUAAUAAAAUAAAGUCUCAUAUUGUAUCAAAUAUGAAGAAAAC